AGCGCGGCGCGGUGCACGCUGGGAUAUUUAAGUCUUCUCCGCGGCGCGGAGCCGCGAUGUCUCCGGCGGCUGCGGCGGCUGGGGGAGGCGAUCGACGGCGGCCGAUAGCGAGUGUCAGGGAGGGCCGCGGCUGGGGCUGUGGCGGGCCGGCUGGGGCGGCGCUUCUCGGCCUGUCGCUGCUCGGCCUCGUGCUGUACCUGGUGCCGGCGGCGGCUGCGCUGGCCUGGCUGGCUGUGGGGGCUACUGCGGCCUGGUGGGGACUAAGCCGCGAGCCCAGAGGUUCGCGCGCCCUCUCCUCGCUCGUUUGGAACGCGCGGCGUCAGCGAACACUGCUCGCCUCGCCUCCUGCCAAAUCGGUAGCAAACGGAAAUCUCCUAGAGCCGCGGAGCCCGCUCGAAGGACCUGACCCCGCUGAACUGCUCCUCAUGGGCAGUUACCUGGGCAAGCCCGGCCCCCCGCAGCCUGCCCGCGCCCCGGAGGCCAGGGACCUGCGGGAGAGGCCGGGCCGCCGCCCUCCUGUCCGCACCGCAUCGCCGGCUCAGUCGGCGCAUCCCCAGCGUGUUCAGAUUCACCCCUCCCUCCCCACGUCUCUUCUCCGACCCUCCAGGAGGCCUUCCUACCGGGACUGUGGGACUUUAUCACAUCGGUUUGUAGUAACACCUCGAAGGCGCUAUCCAAUCCAGCAGGCCCAGUAUUCCUUGCUGGGGGUGCUUCCCACAGUAUGCUGGAAUGGUUGUCACAAGAAGACCGUGCUGUCUGCUCGUAAUUCCAAAAUGGUGUGCAGCCCAGUGACAGUGAGGAUUGCACCUCCGGAUAGCAAACUGACUCGAUCUCCAAUACCAGAACAGAUUAUCAACUCAACACUGUCUUCACCAUCAACUAGUGCCCCAGAUCCAUGUGCAAAGGAGACUGUACUGAAUGCCCUCAAAGAGAGAAAGAAAAGGACAGUGGAAGAGGAAGACCAAAUAUUUGCUGAUGGCCAGGAAAAUAAAAGAAGACGCCAUGAUAGCAGUGGGAGUGGACAUUCAGCGUUUGAGCCCCUGUUGGCCAAUGGAGUCCCUGCUGCUUUUGUGCCUAAGCCUGGGUCUCUGAAGAGAGGUCUUAAUUCACAGAACUCAGAUGACCACCUGAAUAAGAGAUCCCGCACCUCCUCUGUGAGCUCCUUGACAAGCAGCACACACACAGGCGGCAUCCCCAGCUCCAGCCGCAAUGCCAUCACCAGCUCCUACAGCUCCACUCGCGGGCUUUCUCAGCUGUGGAAGAGGAGUGGUCCCAGUUCAUCUCCGUUCUCCAGCCCAGCCUCAUCCCGUUCCCAGACACCAGAGAGGCCAGCAAAGAAAAUAAGAGAAGAGGAGCUUUCUCAUCAUUCUAGUUCUUCAACUCCAUUGGUAACAGACAAGGAGUCCCAGGGAGAGAAGGUUGCAGAUCCAACCACAUGGAAGAAGCAGAACUCGUGGAAUUCCCCAUCAACACCUGGCAGCUCCGGGCAGCGUAAACGGAAGGUUCAGCUGCUGCCCUCCAGGCGAGGAGACCAGCUGACCUUGCCUCCACCUCCCCAGCUUGGUUAUUCGAUCACUGCUGAGGACUUGGACUUGGAAAAGAAAGCUUCGUUACAGUGGUUUAACAAGGUCUUAGAGGAUAAGACUGAUGCUGCCUCAGCCUCUGUCACUGAGGCCUCACCUGUCAGUCAGUCUUCCUUCACUUUUACCUCGCCUGACGUUGGGACUGCUUCAUCCCCAACCUCCCUCCAAGCCCCUAGCGCUAACCCACUGUUGGAGAGCUUGAAGAAGAUGCAGAAUUCCCCGGGCCUACCUUCCCUCCCUGAACCUGCUGGAGUGACCACCACUGUGGCCGAUUCGCCUCCGAAGACACCCAGUCCUCUGGCCUCGCUGAGCUCCUCACAGUCAGGGGCCGUUCCGGCCACCUCCUCUGACUCCAGAUCCACCACUGCUGUCUUGGGGCUGACCCCAGCUUCUUCCCCAGGACCCAUCACUGAUGCCGCCAAGUCCCCUUCGGCUGAGACAUCCGCCAAAUCCCAGGCCCUGUCUACCCCUCCUCCCAGUCCCAAGCAGAGUAUCCUGUUUGGAAUGCUGAGCACCCCAGCUGCUAACCCUCCUGCCUCUGUAGCCCCUGCUGUGUCUUCAGCAUCACCCACAUUCAAACCCAUUUUUGUGGCCCCCCCGAAAAGCGAGAAUGGGGACCCCUUGCCCUCUAGCCCUUCCACGGUCACGGCCGUGGCAUCUUCCAGCUCGACCCUACCCACGACUACCAGCAGCCCAGCCCCCGCUUUCAAGCCAAUCUUUAGCAGCGUGGGGCCACCCACAUCUAUGCCCGGGUUAACUCCCUUCUUCAAGCAGACAGCUCCUCUGGCCGCUACCACGAGUGCCCCUCUCUUCACCGGCCAGGCCACGGCCACCUCCACAGUGACUUCCGUGAGCACGGCCAGCACCUCCACAGACUCUGCUCCGAAGCCCGCCUUCAGCUUCGGUGUGAGCAGUGUGACCAGCACCCUGAGCAGCGUGACUAGCACCACUGCUUCCACCUCCCAGCCCUUCCUCUUUGGGACUCCCCCGACUUCUGGUGCCAGCUUCACCCCAACUGGGGGCUCCAUAUUCCAAUUUGGCAAGCCCCCAGCCAUGCCCGCCUCCACAUCAGUCACCACCUUUGGCCAGUCGCUUCCCAGUGCCCCUCAGACAGCCCCCAGCAGCAGCAGCGGCAGUGCUGGCUUCAGUGGUUUUGGCAGCAGCCUCAGCACCUCCGCCCCGGCCACCGCCGGCCAGCCCACGCUGACGUUCAGCAGCAGCACCGCCCCGGCCUUCAGCCUGCCCUUCGCCUCAGGCACCAAGUCCCCGCUCGCCUCCCACCCGGGCGCCAACCCCCAGCCCACCUUCGGGGCCGCCGAGGGGCAGCCACAGGGGGCUGCCAAGCCGGCGCUCGUGCCCAGCUUCGGCAGCUCCUUCACUUUCGGGAACUCUGCGGCUCCAGCCCCGACUGCGCCCCCAGCGCCGACCCCAGCCCAGCCGGCGUUCGGCAGCGCUGCGCAGCCGGCGUUCGGCGGCCUGAAAGCCACACCCUCCGCCUUCGGCACCGCCUCCGGCACCCGGCCAGCCUUUGGCAGCACCACCAGUGUUUUCUCCUUCGGUGCGGCCACCACCUCUGGCUUUGGCACCACCACCCAGACCACCAGCAGCGGGACCAGCGGCUCGGUGUUCGGCGGCACGACGCCGUCGCCCUUCACGUUUGGGGGGCCGGCGGCCGCAGCUGGGAGCGGGGCCUUUGGGAUGAGUGUGGCCACCUCAGGCACCAGCGCUGCCUCUGGAGCGUUUGGCUUCGCGGCAGGACAGAGUGGGACCACUGGCGGCACAGCGCCUUUUGGGGGAGGCUUGAGUCAAAACAGCCUGGGUGCGCCCAACCAGAACACACCCUUUGCCUUCAGUGUGACCAGCACGCCGGACAGCAAACCUGUGUUUGGAGGCACCUCCACGCCCACCUUCGGUCAGAACACCCCAGCCCCCGGAGUGGGCGCAGCUGGCGGCAGCCUCUCCUUUGGGGCAUCCUCAACACCUGCCCAAGGCUUUGUCGGAGUCGGACCUUUCGGAUCGGCAGCCCCUUCCUUUUCCAUUGGUGCGGGAUCCAAGACCCCAGGGGCUCGACAGCGGCUGCAGGCCCGGAGGCAGCACACCCGCAAGAAAUAGCCUUCGUUCCUCACCCAGCCCCCCACCACCCCUUGCCCAAAUCUGGACCUCGGCACCUGCUAGGAAGAGCCUCUGAUCCUUCUAGUUCCAUAAAGCAGACCAACCCCAGACCUCUGGCUUCAGCCCCCAGGGAGGUAGUGGCAGCUCCAGGGGCUGUUUCCCUCUUUCAGGAAGCAGAAGCCUCAGGUCUGGGGGGUCAUGG